AUGGAAAAGAUGAACAAUCAACAAUUGGACAAUCAGUUAGAAAAGAUUGAACAACAAAUUGAGAAAUUAACCCAAAUUGAUCCUGUUUUAAAAAGAUUACCUAGUGAUGUAUCAUUAAAGGAAUUAGAAGAUAUUGUUGGUCUACAUGAAGGUCGAUGUUGGAAAAUUAUUGUUGAAAGAUACGAUGGUCAGGAAAUUGAAUUAAUAACCGAUAAAGAAUCAACUAUUUCCGCUUUGAAGAAAUCAUUACAAUUCUAUUUUACCAAACAUCUAAAGCGAUCAAAUGUUAAAUUACAAACUAAAAUUAGUUGGAAGUGUUUCUGGAAAAGAUAUGAUUUGUGUCUAAAUGGUCUACGGUUACUUGACAAUUCUAGAACAAUCAAAGACUUUGGAAUUGUAAAUAACAGUAAACUCCAUUUUCUAAGUAAAAUUAACAAACAAUCUAAAUAAUCUUAUCAAGUAAUCACAACCAAAGAAACAAAAAAAAUUCAUCCGUUUAGUGAAUAACAGAAUCGGGGUCACCUUGUAAAGUUGUGUAACUAUUAACUAAUUGUAAUGAUAAAUAAAUUGAAUGAAUUGUACAACAAAA